AUUUUUUUAUUGGCUUGUUUGCUUAUAUACCCUUAUGGUUUGAUGAAAAUCCCAAUUGUUCCACCGAAACUUGUAAUUUAUCGAUUGCGAUUGAUGUUGGGAAGUUUUUCCCGCGAAAAAGCCUGCGCCUUUGAGUUAUGGAGUAUGAGAGCUGACAAUGAACACGGCGGAGCAGCUCUGCGUGUCUCUUCUGAGCAAGUGCAAGACCCUCAAAACCGUGAAGCAAGUUCACGCCUUUGCAUCCAAGACGGGCCUCGACGCCCAUCCCUUUGUCUUCGGCAAGCUCCUCCUCCACUGCGCCGUCACAAUCUCCGACGCUCUCCGCUACGCUCGCCGCCUUUUCCUUCAUUUUCGAAACCCAGAUGCCUUCAUGUACAAUACUCUCAUUCGCGGGCUGGCUGAAUCGGAUACUCCGCAUGAUGCGCUUGUUGUGUUUGCUGAAAUGCGUCGGAAAUUGACUGACCCGAUUGAUAGCUUCUCUUUCGCGUUCGUACUCAAGGCGGCGGCGAAUUGCGGGGGUUUGAGAGAUGGGAUGGGGCUCCAUUGUCAAUCUUUGGUUUGUGGGCUUGAUACCCAUCUUUUUGUUGGGACAACUCUGAUUAGUAUGUAUGCUGAAUGUGGGCGUGUUAAGUUUGCUCGACAAGUGUUUGAGGAAAUGCGCGAACCAAAUGUGGUCGCGUGGAAUGCGAUUCUUACCGCGUGUUUUCGGUGUGGGGAUGCGAAGGGUGUGGAGGCGAUGUUUCGCUGGAUGCCUUUGAGGAAUUUGACGUCUUGGAACAUUUUGCUUUCAGGGUAUGUGAAAACGGAUGAGCUCGAGCUUGCCAAGAAGGCAUUUUUGAGGAUGCCGAUGAAAGAUGAUGUGUCUUGGAGUACUAUGAUAGUUGGGUUUGCUCAGAGUGGUUGUUUUGAUGAGGCUUUUGGGUUUUUCAGGGAACUACAGCGGGAGGGAAUUAGACCAAAUGAGGCGAGCUUGACCGGGGUACUCUCUGCGUGUGCACAAGCUGGCGCAUUUGAGUUUGGUAAAAUUUUACAUGGUUUAGUAGAGAAGGCUGGAUUACACUGGAUGAUAUCAGUCAAUAAUGCGCUCCUGGAUACCUACUCUAAAUCUGGAAAUAUGGACAUGGCUAGGUUGGUCUUUGAAAGAAUGCCAGAGAAGAAGAGUAUUAUUUCUUGGACUUCAAUGAUAGCAGCGCUUGCCAUGCAUGGUUAUGGCAAAGAAGCAAUACAAAUUUUCCGUAAGAUGGAAAUGUCAGGAACUAAGCCUGAUGGUAUCACCUUCAUUUCAGUCUUGUAUGCUUGUAGUCAUGCUGGUUUGGUUGACGAAGGAUGUGAGUAUUUCGCUAAGAUGAGAGAUUUGUAUGGUAUAGAACCAGCUAUCGAACAUUACGGUUGUAUGGUAGAUCUAUAUGGUCGAGCUGGUAAACUGCAGAAGGCCUACGAUUUUGUACAUGAACUGCCAAUAUCUCCUAAUGCUGUUAUUUGGCGAACUCUUCUUGGGGCUUGCAGCAUUCAUGGUAAUGUUGAGUUGGCAGAACAAGUGAAGGAAGCUCUUUCCAAACUUGACCCAGACAAUUCUGGUGAUCACGUUCUCUUGUCAAAUGUAUAUGCUGUUGCAGGGAAGUGGAAGGAUGUUGCUGCUCUAAGAAGAUCAAUGGCUGACCAGAGGAUUAAGAAAGCUCCAGGAUGGAGUGUGAUUGAAGUUGACCGGGUCAUGUAUAGUUUUAUGGCUGGUAAACAAUCAAAUAAAAUUACAGAAGAGGCUUAUGAGAAGCUACGGGGGAUAAUGUUAAAACUUAGGGUUGAAGGAGGCUAUGUUCCAGAGGUUAGGAGUGUUUUGCAUGACAUAGAAGAAGAGGAUAAAGAAGAUUCAGUUUUCAGGCACAGUGAGAAACUUGCUGUAGCUUUUGGGUUGGCAAGACAGCGUGAAGGGCAGAUUAUAAGGAUUGUGAAGAAUUUACGGGUCUGUAGGGACUGUCAUACGGUGAUGAAGCUGAUUUCUAAGGUUUAUGGAGUGGAGAUAGUUGUGAGAGAUAGAAGCCGUUUUCACUCCUUCAAGGAUGGCUCUUGUUCAUGCAAAGAUUACUGGUGAGUGGCGACUGACGAAGCACUUGAAGAAGUACACAAAGACAAGACGGAACGCCAAGAAUUUGGCUUUGAGUUGUAUCAUUGAUUGAAAAUUUCGACUUAUGGUUCGGUGGAAGAAAUUGAAGUGCUGCUAGAUCAGCAAUUAAGUUCACUCAAUUGGUUUUUAACUUUCUGUCAACAAUUAUGUGUAAUUCUUUGAAAUGUAUAGCUUUUGACCCCCCCAAAAUUGUACAAAUCUUAUGUGCUGGAAACAUUCUUCAAAGAUGGAACUUUUCAAGAUUUUUGAAAGUAUCUACGUCAAUUGAACUUCUCUUUGGAA